CAUGCGCACGAGCGCGUGCAGGGGCACUGGUUACGGACCGGCACAUAUUUACCAGGCGACAAAACAAACGGCAGUCGUUGCGACGGGAAACACUUUCGAUCGCAAUAUCGACUCUUCAUUUUUAGCAUAAACCUCGGUCAGGGCAGGGGUACAUCUCUCCAGAAUAGCUUUUACCCAGUUAUGGCAAAUGUGUUCCUGUCAGCAGAGACAGCCAAUGGCUUGCUCCGGAGGCUGCCCAGGGCUAACAGUCUGCUGGAGGAGAUUAAGCAGGGCAACAUCCAGAGGGAAUGCCGAGAGGAGAUCUGCUCCUACGAGGAGGCGCGGGAGGCCUUUGAGAACGAUGACAAAACCAGGAGAUUCUGGGAAGAGUAUGUCCGCGAGAGCAACGGCCCAGGGGGCCUGGAUGUGUCCGGGAUUCAGUCCCUCUACCUGAUCCUGCCCUUGGUGGUGGGACUGCUGCUCGUUGUUGUGGUGAUGGUUGCAGUGUGGAAAUGCCAGUCACGCAAGCACCUCCAGAGAGGCUCGGCCUACGGGAACUCCCAAAGAGACCCUAACUUGUCCCAUGUGAACUUAGACCCACAUAAUCGGGGUUACCAGCCAGAGCUCAGCCCAAACUUAGCACCACCGCCUGGGCAGUCGAGUGUUGGGGACCCACCCCCAUCCUAUGAGGAGGCCGUGGGGCAAUCGGAUGUACGUGUCCAUGUGGAGCCUCCCCCCCAGUAUGAGGACAUUGUCACCAGGAGCUCAGAAAUCCAUGUGAAGUGACACCUGUCCCAUUCACAGGCGUCGGCAGGAAGAUGUGGGGACCAGGUACAGUUUUGCAAAUGCAAGGAGCGACAGUGUAGGUAGAGACUGCAAUAACUGCAAUAAUCACUCUAAUACUCUAAUCUGUGAACUGCUCUCAUUAAAACAGGGCUGCCACCGCAUCGCACUUAGGGUCAUGUGGUUUGGCUGAAUGUGUGUAUGUGUGCGUGUGAGAUACAGCAAGGAAAAGCUUAAUACAGCUUGUACAGUAAAAGCAGACUGCAUUAACACCAGUUUCGUUGCUAUCAAUGAACCAUCAUUUGGUCAUAUUUGAUGUUUUCACCACUGUUAUUGCAAACCAGGCUACCUGACUGCCCCCAUUUACAUUGUAUAGUUAGCCCUUUCUGCAUGGAAAGACCAAUCAUGAAAUACUCGUCGUUUCAUUUCCAAAGCUUCUAUUCGCACAAAAAGUGUACAGCUUUUGGACCACCUUAACCCAUAACACUGCUUCGUUGCCAUUCCUAUUUGAAGGAGUACUUGCAUGAGUCCAUUUUUAUUCCAUUUCCUUUUAAAUGUUUUCAUUUGUGUAAAUGCUUUUAUUGGAUAUAUUGGAUAUAUAAGUGAAGAUAUGAGUGCAGGCUCUGCCAUAAUGUCAGUAAGGCCUUGGGGCCUUCACAAGACUAAUAGCGAUAUGCAAAUAUGCAACAAAUCUCAAAUUGAUUGCUGCUGUAGCAGCUUCUAAAAUCAUACCAAUAUAUUUCAUAACAAAUAUUAAAAUUCAUACUCUAAUAAAUGUCUGAUAGUGUAAUAUAAUCCUCAUCUAAUAAGGAUGAUUAUUAUUACAUUAUAGUUACAACAUUUUAACAUACAUGCAGAGAAAUAAAAGUACAUCUGAAGAAGCAAGGGAAUGUCUAAGGGAAAGGUUUACCAGCAACUUAAUGUCCACUGCAUAAGAAAGGUCUACCAGCAACCUAAUGUCCACUGCAUAAGAACGGUCUACCAGCAACCUCAUGUCAACUGCUUAAGAAAGGUCUUCCAGCAACCUAAUGACCACUGCUUAAGAAAGAUCUACCAGCAACCUUAUGUCCACUGCUUAAGAAAGGUCUUCCAGCAACCUAAUGACCACUGCUUAAGAAAGGUCUUCCAGCAACUUUAAUGUCCACUGCAUAAGAAAGGUCUACCAGCAACCUUAAUGUCCACUGCAUAAGAACGGUCUACCAACACACUAAUGUUAACUGCUUAAGAAAGGCCUUCCAGCAACCUAAUGUCCACUGCAUAAGAAAGGUAUAGCAGCAACAGUACAGCAUAAAAAAUAAUUACAUCCUACAAUGUGAAAAUUGUGGCACCUCACAAUUUUUACCCAUUAAGUGCAAAUUCUGUUUUUGCUGGAUUGUGUUUGAAGCUUAAAUGUCAGUGAAUCCCAAAGUAUCGAGUCAGCUCUGUAUGAUGUUGCCUGUACAAACUGCUUAUGAUGGAGAUAGUGUGGUUUUAAACUUUUUAGUCAAUUGGAAUUUGCUCUACUGGAGCCAGAAGGAGUACAGUUUUAAAGUGGCCAUACGUACAUUCUCAGUUACUGCUUAACUGUUUACUAACUAAUUGCUGUAUACUCAUUGUCCAUGCACAAUGCACAAACAAUUUCUGUGCUUAACACUGAUGUACUGUUUACUCACUAUUGUCUAAUCCCUGAUUAUAUACAGUUUAUUCAUUGUUUACUUACUGUUUUACUAUGUGUUUACUGUCUAGUUUUUUUCUAUUCUUAUACAUGAACUGUAAUUAUAUAGUCACUCUGUGAAGAGGAGCACUGAAACCUUAUUGGAAAUGCUAACACACUUUGGGUGCUACAACCUGUAUCACAGAUCUUUGUUCAAUCUUACGUACUAAUUUUUUAUACGUUAGACAUUUUUAAGGAACAGAAGGAUAACUUUUCAGAUUGGUUUGUUUUCAGUUUCUAAUAACUUGGCAGCAUAUGUCUGACACAUUAGCCAUAACCCCCACACUGAAAGCUAUAACCGCUUUUGAACUGGAAGCCUUCUGUGUAUUAAGUUAUUAAAUGCAGGAUGAUUACUAAAACUUUCACAUUUACACAUUUUAACUGCAGCUAACAAAUGACAGAUGAAAUAGGAUUCUUACUUUGCCUUAAAAAAAAGAAAUAAACUUUAAAAUGUUAGUACAACAGCAUCUAUAUAAAUUCAAUAGCAAGCAGUUUUCAAACUGUGAUAUAGGACUGAAAGGCUUUGAACGGUGUUACUUAUUUCUUUGUUGCUUGUGUUAUGGAUGAAGGAUGUCCUUUAAAUCAUUUGAAUUAUAUAUAAAUUACAUGAACACAUAUAACUAUUUCAUUAUAUGAAAUCAUAAUUAUAUAUUAAUCAUAUAUAACCUGUUAUGAUGAUGUUUAUGCCAAUCUUAAGAGUGUGUUAAAUGGAAGUUGUGUAUAUACCACAUAUAUAACGUAUAUGAGAUAACAUCUGUAUAUUAUUCUCUGACUUCUGAAUGGUUUCCUGAAACAUCACCACGUCCGUAUGAAUCACAUUGUUUGUCCUUCCUGCAGGAAAGAUGCAAAUUCCUGGUAUGAUAUGGUUGUACAAAGAAUGGCAUGUAAUUUCAGUCUUUAGCAUAAUGCAGUCGCGUCAAAGUAAUGAGGAUUAUUGUAAAGUGUUGAAAAUAACAGAUGUGCACAGUGGAGGGCCUGGCCUUAGUGCAUUGCUGGAUACCAGGAAUGACCAGUCACAUUUUUCCCUACCUUUUGAAACCUGACCAUAAAUUGAGAAAGGGGUUAGCCCUGUCACUGGUAAAGGAGGUGCUUUUUCUGCUUCCAGUGCUCAUGGGUGGCUGGUACCAUUUUUGUUUUUUAUCAAGGGCCUGAGAAGCGUCCCACUUCUUGCGUUCCACCAUGGGAGUGCAUGUGUGCAUGUGGACAAGUGCCUUUCACUUAAAAUGUGUGAUCAAACAGGAAAUUUGAGGCAUCACUUGUGUGAAAAUGUGCAGAGCUCUAAUCUAUUUCUAAUAAAAGCAUUUGUUGA